GUGCUUGCGAGCUGGAUUUUUCCAGUUUGUUAGAAUCUCACCACCAUGACCGCCGACAACGCCAAAUUACCCUGGGGGUACAAAUGGCGCUCUUCUCAGUUGUUCAUUAUCACGACUGCGACUCUCAGCUUGUUUUCUGAAUGCUUCCUCUUCGGCUUCGUUGUGCCCAUCCUUCCAUAUAUGCUCGAGACGCGCCUCCAUCUCGACCCCUCGCGAACCCAACACUUCACCACGACACUGCUGACCAUUUAUGGCGCCGUCUCGCUCGUCUCAGCCCCAUUCAUCGCGCACUUUGCGGAUAAGACGCCGAGCAGAAAGAUUCCACUGCUUUUGUCGCUGUCCGCGUGUGCGUCCGGAACGGUUCUCGUUGCGUGCGCUAAGACCGGUACAUCUAUACACAUAUCCUAUUGCUUCAACUUGGCGAGGCUGAUAAAGUACAGUAUGGUUGUUGAUGGCCGGUCAAAUCUUGCAGUCCAUUGCCAGUGCGUCUGUGUGGAUUGUCGCGUUCGCGACACUCGUCGACAAUGUCGACGAGCGUAGCAAGGGAAAGGUCACCGCCACGGCAAUGUCCUUUAUUUCAAUGGGCAUUUUCGCUGGCCCUAUGGUGUCAGGAUUUCUGCUGGAGUUGGUCGGCUACUGGCCUGCGUGGUUUGCCGCUUUGCUUCUGCUGGUGGUGGAUUUUUUGGCGAGACUGCUUAUGAUCGAGACCCCGUCAGCUAGAAAAUCCGAAUCAGCGUCUGACGCACAGGAACAAAGCCCCCUCCUAGCGGCAUCGAGCGGCCAGACAGCCCAAGAUCAUGAGAACGAGACAGGAACUGCGGCCGGCGAUGCCAAAUCCGCGGCUUCGCGCGGCUUCUACAGGAUCAUGUUGACCAACCCGCAGAUCCUCGCCUCCAUGUUCAACACUCUCGCCCUCUCUCUCACACUUGCCUCGUUCGACACUACCCUCCCUCUGCACGUCCGGGACGUCUUCGGCUGGGGCAGUCUCCCCGUGGGACUGAUCUUCUUCUGUCUGCAGAUCCCCACGAUCGCGCUAGGUCCUGGAGUCGGCUGGCUGCGUGAUCGAAUUGGAUUACGCUAUCCGACGACGGUUUCUUGUGGCCUCCUCGCGCCUCUAUUGUGGCUCUUGUCUGUUCCAGGCGAAGAGUUCCCCUGGGGAAAGCUUGGGGGUGAUAAGACUGGCCAGGUGGUGUAUAUCCUUGCCAUCGUGGGCAUAGGUUUCUGUCUUGCAUUCACGCGUGGCGCAGGGACGUUUCAAAUGAUGGCCGUCAUCCACGAACUCGAGCGCGACAACCCAAGCAUGUUCGGGCCCCAUGGAGGAAACUCCCGGCUCUCAGGACUCAUCGAGCUGCCCUUCAAUAUAGGCAUGAUGGUUGGUCCGCUGCUCUCUGGAAGUUUUUCCGAGUAUUUAGGAUAUUAUUGGACUUGCUUUGUGCUUGCGGUUAUUGCGAUGCUUGUCGCGAUCUCCUCGUGGCUUUACUUGACUGCGCAAGGACAGGACGUAAGAGAGAUGGAGGAGGAGGGGAUGAUCUGA